CCGCCCCCCCGGCCGCGAUGGCCGCGGCGCCCGGCGCGGAGGAAAUCUAGGCCGGGGAUUCAUGAGGCCUAGGCCCCGUCGUCGGCCCCGCCCGUCCCGCGAUCGCGCCGACACGGCCGGGGGGUUAGAAUGGAACAGACUGAAGGCCCUAUGAGAGAAAGGGAAAGUUAAGGAUGCUGGAGCAGAACAAUGGAUUUCUCUUUCUCUUUCAUGCAAGGGAUCAUGGGAAACACAAUUCAGCAACCACCUCAACUCAUUGACUCGGCCAAUAUCCGCCAGGAGGAUGCCUUUGAUAAUAGCAGUGACAUCGUGGAAGAUGGUGGCCAGACACCGUAUGAAACUGGCCUACAGCAAGGCUUUCAGUAUCCAACACCAACCACCGAGGACCUCCCUCCGCUCACAAAUGGCUACCCACCCCCAAUCAACAUGUACGAACCUCAAACGAAAUACCAGGCGUACAGUCAGUAUCCCAAUGGUUCAGCCAAUGGCUUUGGUGCAGUUAGAAACUUUAGUCCCACUGACUAUUAUCAUACGGAAAUUUCAAACACAAGACCACAUGAAGUUCUGGAAAAACCUUCCCCUCCACAGCCGCCACCUCCUCCGAUACCGCAAACGGUGAUUCCAAAGAAGACUGGUUCACCAGAAAUUAAGUUAAAAAUCACCAAAACCAUCCAGAACGGCAGGGAAUUGUUUGAAUCCUCCCUCUGUGGAGACCUUUUAAAUGAAGUACAGGCAAGUGAGUACGCAAAGACAAAACAUGAAGGCAGGAAAGAAAAGAGGAAAAAAAGUAACAAGCAUGACUCUUCUAGGUCAGAAGAGCGCAAGUCACACAAAAUUCCAAAAUUAGAACCAGAGGAGCAAAAUAAACCAAAUGAGAGGCUUAGCAUGCUAUCAGAAAAACCAGGAGAAGAUUUGAUACUGGAGGAAACCCCGACUCAGCAGCACUUACCUUCACUGCCCACAGAAGUGACCACUGGUGUGAAGUUUCAGGUUGGUGAUCUGGUCUGGUCUAAAGUGGGAACCUAUCCUUGGUGGCCAUGCAUGGUUUCAAGCGAUCCCCAACUCCACGUUCAUACAAAAAUCAACACAAGAGGGGCCCGUGAAUAUCAUGUCCAGUUUUUCAGCAACCAGCCGGAGAGGGCAUGGGUCCAUGAAAAGCGGGUACGAGAGUACAAAGGCCAUAAACAGUACGAGCAGUUACUAGCUGAGGCAACAAAACAAGCUAGUAACCAUUCCGAGAAACAAAAGAUUCGGAAACCCAGGCCACAGCGAGAACGGGCCCAGUGGGAUAUUGGCAUUGCCCAUGCGGAGAAAGCACUGAAGAUGACCCGGGAAGAAAGGAUAGAACAGUACACUUUCAUCUAUAUCGACAAACAGCCCGAGGAGGUUUUAUCCCAGGGGAAAAAGAAUGCUGCUUCUAAAACGGAAGUUAAAAAGAAUCGGAGGCCGAAGCCAGUGCUGAACUCUCAACCCGAACAGACCAAUGCGGGGGAGGCUGCUGCCUCAUUAUCAAGUACUGAACUGCGGAGGCACAGCCAAAGGCGGCACACUAGUGUGGAAGAGGAAGAACCGCCUCCUGUUAAAAUAGCGUGGAAAACGGCAGCAGCGAGGAAAUCCUUACCAGCUUCCAUCACGAUGCACAAAGGGAGCCUGGAUUUGCAGAAGUGUAACAUGUCACCGGUAGUGAAAAUUGAACAAGUAUUUGCUCUUCAGAACGCCGCAGGAGAUGGGAAAUUUAUCGAUCAGUUUGUUUAUUCCACAAAGGGAGUUGGUAACAAAACAGAAAUCAGUGUCAGGGGACAAGACAAGCUUAUCAUUUCUACCCCAAACCAGAGGAAUGAAAAAGCAGCAGCUCAGAAUGCAUCAUCUCCUGAAACAACACCUGGGUCAACAGGUUCAGUAGAAAAGAAGCAACAGAGAAGAUCGAUUAGAACUCGCUCUGAAUCGGAAAAAUCCACUGAGGUUGUGCCAAAGAAGAAGAUCAAAAAGGAGCAGGUAGAAACGGUUCCCCAAGCUGCAGUGAAGACUGGAUUACAGAAAGGUGCCAGCGAGAUUUCAGAUUCCUGUAAACCUCUAAAGAAAAGGAGUCGCGCCUCAACUGACGUAGAAAUGACUAGCUCAGCAUAUAGAGACACAUCUGACUCGGAUUCUAGAGGACUCAAUGAUCUGCAAAUGAGCUUCGGAAAGCAGUUAGACAGCCCCUCAGCCACUGCAGAUGCCGAUGCCUCUGAUGUGCAGUCAGUGGACUCAAGUUUAUCGAGAAGAGGAACUGGAACAAAUAAGAAGGACACCGUGUGUCAGGUCUGUGAAAGUUACAGCGACUCUUUGGUUGCUUGUGAGGGGGAGUGCUGUCGACACUUUCACCUGGAAUGCCUGGGAUUAACAUCACUCCCUGAUGGGAAGUUUGUCUGCGUGGAGUGUAAAACUGGGCACCAUACGUGUUUUUCCUGUAAGGUUCCUGGUAAAGAUGUGAAGCGUUGUUCUGUCAGUGCCUGUGGUAAAUUUUACCAUGAGGCCUGUGUUCGCAUAUUUCCUACUGCUAUCUUUGAGGCUAGAGGAUUCCGCUGUCCCCAACACUGCUGUUCUGCCUGCUCCAUGGAGAAGGAUAUCCACAAAGCAAGCAAAGGCCGUAUGAUGAGAUGCUUGAAAUGCCCAAUUGCAUAUCACUCAGGAGAUGGCUGUAUUGCUGCAGGAAGUGUAUUUGUGUCCACCCACAUUCUCAUCUGUAGUAACCAUUCCAAAAGGAGCAGUCAUUCUUCCUCUGCUGUAAAUGUAGGCUUUUGUUUCGUUUGUGCAAGAGGGCUGAUAGUUCAGGACCAUUCAGACCCCAUGUUCAGUUCCUAUGCCUAUAAAUCCCACUACCUACUGAAUGAAUCAAAUCGUGCUGAGUUGAUGAAAUUACCUAUGAUUCCUUCUUCGUCAGCUUCCAAAAAGAAAUGUGAGAAAGGUGGAAGAUUGCUCUGCUGUGAAUCGUGCCCAGCUUCCUUCCAUCCGGAAUGCCUCAGCAUAGAGAUGCCAGAGGGCUCCUGGAACUGUAAUGAUUGUAAGGCUGGCAAGAAACUACAUUACAAGCAGAUUGUUUGGGUCAAGUUGGGAAAUUACAGGUGGUGGCCAGCAGAGAUCUGCAAUCCCAGGUCUGUGCCUCUCAACAUCCAGGGCCUCAAACACGACUUUGGGGACUUCCCCGUAUUCUUCUUCGGCUCUCAUGACUACUAUUGGGUGCACCAGGGCAGAGUUUUCCCCUAUGUUGAAGGAGACAAAAGCUUUGCUGAGGGGCAAACUAGUAUUAACAAGACCUUCAAAAAAGCACUUGAAGAAGCUGCAAAACGUUUUCAGGAGCUGAAAGCACAAAGAGAAAGUAAAGAAGCACUGGAGCUUGAAAGAAAUUCAAGAAAACCUCCUCCCUAUAAACAUAUUAAAGCUAACAAGGUAAUAGGGAAGGUUCAAAUCCAGGUUGCAGACCUGUCAGAGAUCCCACGCUGUAACUGCAAACCCACCGACGAGAACCCAUGUGGGCUGGAGUCCGAGUGCCUGAACAGGAUGUUGCAGUAUGAGUGCCACCCCCAGGUGUGCCCUGCCGGAGAACGCUGCCAGAACCAGUGCUUCACCAAAAGACUCUAUCCCGAUGCCGAGAUCAUCAAGACCGAGCGCCGUGGCUGGGGCCUCAGGACCAAAAGGAGCAUUAAGAAGGGUGAAUUUGUAAACGAAUAUGUUGGUGAGUUAAUUGAUGAAGAAGAGUGCAGAUUGCGAAUCAAGCGAGCCCAUGAGAACAGCGUAACUAAUUUUUACAUGUUAACUGUUACCAAGGACCGAAUAAUUGACGCUGGCCCAAAGGGGAAUUAUUCUCGCUUUAUGAACCACAGUUGCAAUCCUAACUGUGAGACUCAGAAGUGGACGGUGAAUGGGGAUGUUCGUGUUGGACUUUUCGCGCUUUGUGAUAUUCCCGCAGGGAUGGAGCUAACAUUUAAUUAUAACCUGGAUUGUCUGGGCAAUGGGAGGACCGAGUGCCACUGUGGAGCGGAUAACUGCAGUGGCUUCCUAGGAGUGCGGCCUAAGACGGCAUUUGCAUCAGCGAACGAAGAGAAGGCAAAAAAUGCAAAGUUAAAGCAGAAGAAACGGAAGAUUAAAACUGAACAGAAGCAAAUGCAUGAAGAUUACUGCUUUCAAUGUGGAGAUGGAGGAGAGCUGGUCAUGUGUGACAAAAAAGACUGUCCCAAAGCAUACCACCUCCUAUGCCUUAACUUGACUCAACCACCGUUUGGAAAGUGGGAAUGUCCAUGGCAUCAGUGUGACAUAUGCAGCAUCCCUGCAGUUUCCUUCUGUGAAUUCUGCCCACGUUCAUUCUGUAAAGAUCAUGAGAAAGGGGCUCUCGUGCCCUCUGCGUUGGAAGGCCGGCUCUGCUGCUCUGAACACAACCCCAAUUCUCCUGUGGCACCAGAGUACUGGAGCAAGAUCAAAUGCAAAUUGGAAUCACAAGAUCCCGGAGAAGAAGGGAAAGAAUAGAUUUACGUGUUCAAAAACAAACAAACAGCAACAAAAAAAAGUGAAUAGGUGAUGAAUUUAGAGAAAAGACUGCUCUAGUGUAUUGAGUCUGUUGUCAUCUGAGCUACCUUUUUGGAACUGGGGCAGGGAACCAUCUAAUCCAGGCAGGCAGUAGCAGUCAGUGGCGUCUUUUUAAUUUUGUUCUGUUUUUGUCUUUUCCUUAUCCUUGAGUGUGCUUCAUUAGCUCAUGCAACUGGAAAAUAGGAAAGCCUCAUGCUUUAAAGAGGGAAGGAGAAGGAAAAAUCUUGGACCCUGAAGAGGGUAUUGUGUGCAAAAUAUCUUGCUAGAGGUAGAAAGCAAAGAUUGCCAUCGCUUUUUUAUUGAAUUUUAAAGGAUUCGGAGAAGCGAUGUUAAGGUAGCUAAGUGCAUUUUCAAAACAAAGAGUAGGCAGUGAACCCGGCAGAAAUAGGAAUAAUGAUUUUUUGUGUCUUUUUUUAUACUGUCUCAUGGCUUCACAAAAUGCACUUGAAGAGUCUCCAAGUAAAAGGGGUGAAUCUGGCCUUGAAAACAAAAUGCCUCUAUAUCAGAAGAGUUCAAUCCUUGUGUUCUUUGAUGAGGUGUGCUCUGUGAAAUUAGGGUCAUUUAAAAUAUGAAUAUGUAUUUUGCUUUAAAAAUCACCAGAUAAAUAUGCUCCCUGAUUUUCAAAACAAUUUCCAUUGAUAACUUUUUGCCCGAAAAGUGUAAUUCUGCAGAGACAACAUUCCACAGCGGAAGAGACUCUCCUGGCUCCUGACAAGUGGUAAUCUCUACUUUGUUGUUCCCAGGCAGAUGUAAAUUCUGGAGUUAGAAGGGCCUGUUGUGACUUUCCGUGGUUUUUUCGUUUGG